UUCACCCUCACGGCUCAGAUUUAGGUAUUUAUGGCUAGUGUAAGUGAUGGGGUGGCUCCCCGUAAACAUAGAUUGUUUGUGGCAGCCAUCGACUUUGGCACCACAUAUUCCGGCUACGCUUUAUCCUCAAAAGAUGACUGGGAGAAAGAACCUCUAAAAAUCAACGCAAAUACCUGGAAUGCAGGAACCAAAAGUCUUUUAUCCACAAAGGCUCCCACGACGCUCUUACUGAAUCCUGACAAGUCCUUCAAUUCGUUUGGAUAUGAUGCCGAAACUGAGUAUUCCGACCUGGCGGACGAAGAGGAAGACUAUGAAUCUUAUUAUUACUUCCACUGCUUCAAGAUGUUGCUUCACAACAACAAAAAAUUACGAAGAGAUACAGAGAUAGCUGAUGCAACAGGGAAAAAAUUGGACGCAAUGACUGUUUUCAGCUUGUCCAUUAAAUUUCUAAGAGACCAUCUCUUUAAUAGUCUGUCUGACAAGAUCAAAGAGAUUCAGGCAGAUGACAUACACUUUGUCCUCACAGUUCCAGCUAUAUGGAACGACAAUGCAAAGCAAUUUAUGCGAGAAGCAGCAAUGAAGGCUGGGAUAUCGAGAGAACAGUUAUCUAUUGCUUUAGAACCGGAAGUAGCUUCCAUUUACUGUCAGCAUCUUCAUCUGGAACGCCAGGAAUUAAAGGGUGGGAAAUCAUUUUUAGAAGCUACCAAAUUAGGGUCAAGAUUCAUGGUCGUGGAUUUGGGAGGUGGGACGACAGACAUUACCCUGCACGAACGGUGUGAAGGUGGAAAAUUAAAGGAAAUUCACAGGGCUUCUGGGGGUCCGUGGGGUGGGCGAGACAUCAACGAGGCAUUUUUCUCUUUCCUCAGAGAGUUGUUUGAAAAAGAUGUAAUUGACGAUUUUAAAAUAAAACAUAUGGACGAUUAUUUAGAGCUGGAAAGAGAAUUCGAAACGAAAAAGCGUAUGAUUGCAUUCGAUAAACCAGGUCGAGUUAAAAUGACCUUUCCCCUGUCUUUGUUUGAAUUGGCAAAAAAGGCAAAAAAUGUUAAUUCAGUCGAUGAAAUAAUUGGUAAGAAUACCAAGUAUGCUGGGAAAGUUAAUGUUAAAAUACAAAAGCUUCAUAUUUCUAUUGAAGUUUUUAAAUUGUUGUUCCAACCAACCCUUGAAAGCAUUGCUGGUCAUAUUCAGAAAAUUUUGAAAGAUAAAUGCGGUGAAGUGGACAAUAUUCUAUUGGUUGGAGGAUUUUCUGAGUGUGAACUUGUACAAAAUCAACUGAAAAGCGUUCUGUCAAACAAAAAGAUAAUUGUACCUGAUGAUGCUGGAUUAGUCGUUUUAAAAGGCGCUGUUCUGUAUGGCCAUAUGCCACAAGUGAUCACUUCACGAGUAGCACGACACACCUAUGGAAUUCAGAGUUGGCCAGAGUUUGAUCCAGAAAAACACCCACCGUCGAAAAGAGUUGUGAUCAAUGGUGUCGCACGAUGCAAAGAUGUCUUUUUCAAAUACUGCACAAUUGGGCAGGAAAUCACCCCUGGGUUUCAAUGUUCCCAAACAUUCCAGGCUUUGAAGCCAGACGAAGACACUCUCGAAUGCACUAUUCACGCCUCUUUCGAGGAGGAUCCCAAAUUCGUCACAGAUGGGUCCUGCUUUCGUCUUGGGACACUAACAGUUCCGUUGCCAAAGCGACGGUCAAACGAACCACUGGAAAUCGAGGAAACGAUGGUGUUUGGAGAAACUGAACUCCAUGUCAGGGCAAAAGAUAUUACAAAUAAUAGAACAUACGAAGCUUUCUUUAACUUUCUGGACAAUUGAGGUGUAUUUUAAUGAAUUUAUGCUUUUUGUCAUUUUAAAUGGAUUGUUUAUCAUGAACUGUAUAAUUAAAAGGUUAAGAAUUGUGUAUUGUAUAUUAUUUGGUGCUCCUGUUAUGAAACGAUAUUAUAUUACAUAA